AUGAGAAAAGGGUACUCGAAAGUAUUGAUCGAAGAUAAUGUCCUCUCCGAUCAAAAUGCUUGCUCUCGCCACACGCUGACAGAUAUGGGUCUGAUGAUCUUCUGCAGCGGCAUGGAGCGCACUCGGUCCAUUUGGACGGAGCUCCUGGAGUCGAAUGGGCUCACCAUCAACAUGAUCUGGACUCCGAUGGAAGACGGGCUAAGCGUGAUUGAAGCCGAAAUAGGCGAUGAUGCACCGAUAAACGGGAGCACAUAA